CUUCAAACCCAAUGACAAUGCAAUUUACAACUAUUUAAUAAAAACGGCUGGACCAGUUUGAUAAAAUUUGAAUGUAGUGAGAUUUAGAAACGUGGCUUUUAGUUUUUUUUUUAUCUAUUAUUAUUUUUUUAUCGACUGGUCUUCUGUGUUUAUAUUUUAGAACUACAAAGAUAUUUUCAACUCAUAGCUCUUGGUAAGUAGGUAUUAAAAUGAUUUAAUGAAUGACAGCUGAAAGAAUGAUAGCGCGUGCUAAUAAAUAGAUACGCCUACAAACCUACUAACAACCGAUAAGUUUUUUAUAAAGAUUGGUUUUAAUUUUCAAUUAACAAUAAGCUUAGUUGUCAAUCACCAGCCACGAAUUUUUUUUUAUUUUCGAGGUUGGCUUAAUAAUUAUUUAAUUUGCUUUUGAUAUUUUUAUCGAACAUACUGUUUAGUUUAAAAUACAUAGGAUAGGCUUAUAAUUAUUUCUGCUUCAAGGUUUGACACAUUCAGGAUUUUCGCUCUCAGAAAUGGGUGGAAAUAUCUCUAUAGGGCUAACGCAAUUAGGUAGAUACAGGAAUUGACGAUAUUUUUUUUAAUUUCUAUGAAUAUAUUAUAAUUUUAAAAUCUAAUAUUUAAUUUUGUAAUCAACCCUUUAUUUACAUUUCAUUGACAUCGAAAUACAUGUUUAUGUAAACGUCCAAACGAAUAAAAAUCUAAAAACGUAUUAAACUCCCACUGCUGGCCUAAAAAAAACCUUAAGUACAGGUAAGAGUGUAAGAUUUUUCCAAUGCUAAAAGAGUAUUCAUAUAUUUACUUUAUAGGUAAAUAUAAAUUUAAAAAAUACGUGUAUAGAUUAAAUACUCAUUACAUUGCAUCAAUUCCGUUAGUUGGUUAAAAUUUUAACCGCCAGACGAUUAGGUGACUAAUGACGUUAGACAACUAUCCAUAAAACAUCUGAAAUAAGGAAACCAUAAAACGAUAAAACGACUAACUGUUUAAUUAGUUACUUCCUCAAAGCCCAAUAUUAGACUGCCUUUUGAUAAAUUUGAUGGUUCUCGAAGGUUAUAAACUUGACACAAUAACUUGAUAAGAAAUAAUGCCUCGUAGUUAAAAACAAUGAAUAGUGUGCUUCUUAUUUAAGAACUGUCUGCAACGUAGGCAUUUCGUGUGUUAUGGUUGAACAGACAGCUCGAAAUCAUUAUUAAGGAUAAUAAGAGCAGUUUGACGUUGCCUCAGGCGCCGUUUGAAGUAUGCAGUGCUACAACUCAACAUGCCUUACGCCAUCGACGGGUGCAGCCCCUCAAAUAUUUGCGUCAGCAUUGCAAUUCUUUGCUGCAACGCAAUGUCUUGUAUCAGAAAAACGAGUUCCCGACGCUGAUGUUCGUAAUUUGGAAAAGUUUGACUUUAUAGUAGUAGGUGCAGGCACAGCUGGCAGCAUACUAGCUAAUCGUCUCAGUGCAGUAAACAAUUGGAGUGUUCUACUUAUUGAAGCGGGUGAUGACGAACCAGUAGAAGCCAAGAUACCAGCGUUGAAUUCUGCACUCAUGAAAAAUAAAUAUUACGAUUGGUUCUAUCAAACAGCUCCAAACGGGAGAAACAAUUUAGCCAAUAAAAACGAAUCAGUGUUUUGGCCACGGGGUAAACUACUCGGUGGAAGCAGCAAUCUUAAUGCCAUGAUAUAUAUUCAGGGCAAUGACGCAGAUUUUAAAAAUUGGUAUGACGCUGGUAAUAAAGAAUGGAGUGUAGAAGAAGUACGCCGAUGCUUCAGAAAAGCUGAAAGUUUCCAAGAUAUGAAAGCGUUAGAAAACCCUGAAAUAUCGAAUCAUUACGGACAUGAUGGACCACUUGUUAUAAAUACUUUUAAUGGUACUUUUGGCUAUAGUGAAAUGGUCCUGUGUGCUUGGGAUGAGCUUGGUAUUAAAAAUGUCGAGGACCUUAACGUUGCCAACGUGAUGGGAUCAGGAAUAAUGAGGGCAACAGCUGCUGGUGGAAUACGCCAGAGUCAUAAUCGAGCUUAUUUGUACCCUGCGGUUCACAGAAAAAACUUGAAAAUCAUGAAAAACAGCUUUGUUACUAAGAUUUUGAUUAAAAAUCUCUCCAAGACAGCUUAUGGAGUCGAAGUACGCAAAAAAUCUAGGAAAUAUAAGUUACUUGCCACAAAAGAAGUAAUUAUUAGUGCUGGUGCUAUAAACUCUCCGCAGCUUUUAAUGCUAUCUGGAAUCGGUUCCCGAGAGCAUCUACGUGCAAAGGGUAUUUCGGUUUUAGUUGAUUCGCCAAUGGUUGGACAAAAUCUUCAAGAUCACAUUCUCUUGCCAUUUCCAAUAUACGGCAACGAGCCCGGAGAAAGGGGUGUCGCUGAUGAACAAUUUGACGCAAUCCGAUAUCUUUAUAACCGUACAGGAUACUUAGCUGAAAAUAGAAUUGCAAAUAUUUUGGCAUUUUACUCCGAAAAUAAAAAUGCCACAUACCCAGAUUUCCAAAGCCAUCUCCAUAUCUUAUGGAAGAAUAGUUCUGCUCUCCGAAAUUUGCUAGGAAACAUCUAUAGCUACAAAGAUCAGGUCGUAAACCCAAUUGUUAAAAUGAAUCAGAAACAUGCAAUCUAUUUUCAUGCAUUUAACUUGCUACACCCUUUUUCAAGAGGAAAUAUUUCGUUAGUUUCAAAUGAUCCUUACGAUUAUCCAUUAAUACACAACAAUUACUUUUCUGAUCCUAGAGAUUUGGAAUCAGCUGUAACUGGUAUUAAAAUGCUCACUAGAGUUGUUGACACUUCAUAUUUUCGAUCUAUAAAAGCCUUUUUAGGUAGAAUGGAGUGGCCAGCGUGUGAUGUAUAUGAAUUAGAUAGCCGAGAUUAUUGGAAGUGUAUUUGUAUAAAUAUGGCGGUGACUAUAUAUCACCCAGUGGGGACUUGUAUGAUGGGACCAGACCCCCAGACAUCUGUUGUGAGCAGUCGGUUAAAGGUGCACGGAGUCAACAACCUUCGAGUAAUUGAUGCCAGUAUAAUGCCAACCAUUACCAGUGGCAAUACAAAUGCACCUGUCACGGCAAUUGGAGAAAGAGGUGCAGAAUUAGUCAUAGAAGACCACAUGAUUGUAACUUCUAUGAAUACAUGAACUUGUUACGUUAGCUAAUCGAAGUCUAACAUUAAUUAAGUUCAAAUGACGCUUCUAUUAACAUAAUUAGAAGAAAAACUAUUGUUUUUAAAACAUGACGCAAAUACAACUCUAAAAUUUA